AUGGGCCCAGCUCUGUCGCUGAAGGCGCAGGGAGAGGAGGGGCGGCCACGCCCCUCUGCUCCCAUUGGUCCGUCCCUGCUGGUGGCGCGUAUUGAGGGCGGGGCCAGCGCGAGCGGGAAACCGAGACCGGGAAAAACCGGAACGGGGAACCGCGGAACGGGAACGGAGCGGGAAAAUCCGGAACCGGGAAAAACCGGAACCGGGGAACGGGAACGGAGCGGGAAAAUCCGGAACCAGGAAAAACCGGAACCGGGAACCGGGGAACGGGAACGGAGCGGGAAAAUCCGGAACCGAGAAAAUCCGGAACCGAGAAAAACCGGAACCGGAAAAACCGGAACGGGGAAAAACCGGAACGGGGAAGAACCGGAACCGGGAACCGAGGAACGGGAGCGGAGCGGGAAAAUCCGGAACCGGGAUAAACCGGAACCGGAAAAAGCGGAACCGGAACGGAGGAACGGGAGCGGAGCGGGAAAAUCCGGAACCGGGAAAAACCGGAACCGGAACCAAGUAACGGGAGCGGAGCGGGAAAAUCCGGAACGGGGAAAAUCCGGAACGGGGAAGAACCGGAACCGGAAGCGAGGAACGGGAGCGGAGCGGGAGCACCGGGGCCGGGCCCGGGAGCCCCGGGAUGAGGCGGCGGCGCGGGGGCGGCCCGGCCCCGGCCGAGCCCUGCGGGGUGUGGCUGGACACGGCGGAGCUGAAGCGGGGACCGGAGCGGCCCCCCAGCGCCAGGCUGAAAGCUGCGGGGAGGAAGCAGAGCCCAGCGCUGCUCCCACAGCCCGGCCGCAGGCAAACCACCAUCCCCACCUUCUUCAGCCCCCACGCAGGUGAAGGAGACAAAGAAAACGCCAGGCCAGCUGAAGGCUGGGAGGGCUCGGGGCUCCCUCUGCCCGCCUGGCCUGUGAAGAUCCUGCCCUUGCCACAGCUGGAGAGAGCCUGGGAAGAGCCCCCCGGAGCUGAGCAGGGGGUGCAGGGCACAGCCCGGGCUUGGAAAACACCUCUGGGUGCCCUGGAGCUCCAAGUGCAGUCUGAGAGGCAGAACAAAACCUCCCGUGGGGCUGGGGGGGACUCCUGGUGCUGCAGCUGCUCCCAGAGCCCGGAGAAAUCCUGGAUAUUUCCUGGAGAAGCGGCCUCAGCGGGCAGGGAAGCACAGCCCUGGAGCAGAGCUGCCUCUGGGACGGGCUCUGCUGGGGCUGAGCACACAGAGCCUGGCCCAGGGGAUGAGCACACAAAGCCUGGCUCAGAGGCUGAGCACACAAAGCCUGGCCCAGGGGCUGAGCACACAAAGCCUGGCCCAGGGGCUGAGCACACAGAGCCUGGCCCAGGGGCUGAGCACACAAAGCCUGGCCCAGGGGCUGAGCACACAGAGCCUGGCUCAGGGAUUCAGCACACAGAGCCUGGCCCAGGGGCUCAGGACACAAAGCCUGGCCCAGGGGCUGCUCCCAGAGGGGUUUGCUGCUCUCCCCAGAGCCCGGUGCGAGCCCAGCCCCUGCGGGAGCGUGGCCAGCUCCCAGCGGGGUCCUGCAGGCAGCUCUUCUCCCAGGACUCCCAAGGGAACAGGGUGAUUGCCCACAGGGCCAGGGCCAGCCCCCCGAGGGCCAGCCAGCCCCUGUUCACGCAGGACUCGGAGGGGAACAGGGUCAUAAAGCACUGGGAGUGAGCCCACCGGGCCCUGGCACGCUGUGGGGUGGCCACAGUGGUCACAGCUGGGCACUGAACCCCCCCAGUGCAGCCCCCAGCGCUUCUCUGUUCUCUGAGAUUGAUCCAAACUGAUUGUUCUCUGCUUUCAUCCAAAUAAAACGUUGGGAGUUGGUUCCUAA